UUCAUUAUCAUCACCACCACCAUUCAGACAAACCAACCAUGGAACCUCCGCUGUCGGGUGACAAAGACUCUCCCAAUUUUCGGGAUCAACUUCAGCAGGGCAAGGAGCCUAAAAGAAGGGCCACUUCCAAAAUCUUCCAAUGCACGCCCGGAGAAUUUAGUGCCUUUGUCCAGCACCUCACGGGCCCCACGAGCAGCGGCGAUAAAUCAUCGGCACCAAAUAUUGUGAUUACAAGGUCCUCGGAGAGAGAGAGAACAAGUACCACUGAAAUGGUUUUGAAGUGGUUAGAUGAUCCUACCAUCUCAAUCAUUGGCAUAUAUGGAAUGGAGGGAGUUGGUAAGACCACUUUGGCUACACACAUACAAGACCAACUUCGAAAUCAUGCGAAAUAUUUUGUUUCUUGGGUUACCGUAUCACAAAAUUUUGCCAUUCAUAAUUUGCAAGAUGACAUUGCGAGAACAGUAAACUUAGAUCUUUGGGACGAGGACGACAAGGAAAAAUGGAAAGAAAAACUCAAGAGGGCCUUGGAAGAAAAGAACAUUGUGCUCAUGUUGGAUAAUGUGUGGACAUACAUUCCUCUACAAGAUGUGGGAAUUCCUAAUGGAUGCAAGUUAGUAUUUAUGACCCGAAAUGUGGGCGUGUGUCACCGGAUGAAUUGCCAGGGAGAGAUUCUAAUGAAUCGCCUUUCUAACGAAGAAGGUUGGGAAUUAUUUAUGGAGAAUAUUGGUCCUGCCAUGGUGCUUCCUCCUUUAAUUGAACAAAUUGCAAUGGCUAUUGUAAAAGAGUGUUCGGGUUCGCCACUUGCAAUUGUUACAAUGGCCGCAAACAUGAAGGGAGUGGGUGACUUUGGUGAGUGGAGGUAUGCAUUGGAAAGAAUAAAGCAAAAGAAAGUACUGCAAAACGGCAUAACAAUUAGUGAAGAAUAUCGUGUAUUGAGAUAUUGUUAUGAGAAGUUUAAAGAUCCAAAUGUGCAACAAUGCUUAUUGUAUUGUGCAUUCUAUCCUGAAGAAUUUAAAAUCGAUCGAGAGAUGUUGAUAGAGAAUUUUGUCGAUGCGGGGUUGAUCGAUGGUAAGAACAGGGAAGAAGAGCUUAACAAUGGCCAUGCCGUUUUGGAUAAACUUGAAAAUGCUUUCUUAUUGGAAGGGGGAACAUGUAAAUAUGGUAAAAGGUAUGUGAAGAUGAGUAGCAUAAUAAAAGGCUUUAUCCUUAAUUUGCCUAGUAUCAGAUGGCCAUCCAACUUGCAAGAAGAGAAUUCUCGAGGAAAACAGCAGUCAGCUCGUGCAGAUGCCUAUAGCAGAUAGUCUAUCAACGAUUGUACUUGUAUUCAACCUUUUACACCAUUACUCUUCAUGUUAUU